GGGCUUCAGCCGCACUCCACCUGCACAACUUGGGCGGCUGCUCCGCUUUCGCGUGUUUGGAACGGAUUCAGCCCCAAGGGAGAGGGGUCGAUCUCGACUUCUGGCGACCCUCUGAAUCAGCGACCUCCAAGAGCAUCUGUCGUGAACCACCCUGUUCAGACCUUGAACCUGCAGCUGGUCCUGAUGUGCGAGUUCCUCUCUGAAAGUUUUAAAGAGGCUAGAUCUGCAAUGCUAGAGAGGGUCUAAGGAAGGGGGGGCGUCCUGCGAAGGCUGUUUCCUGCGUCUCUCCCAUCACCACCGGCAGCAGCGACAUCUGAGCAUCCCAACCAGGUUGCUGCCACGUCCUGCAUCAGAGGCUGGGAAAGAGUUGGUGAUGGACACAACGGGAGUUGUAGAGGCGCAUCUGUAGUGCCAUUGGAAACAAUGAAGCCUGAAGCAACAAUAAAUAAAUAAUGCUCUGUAAUCAAAGAGGACCAGAAAAGCAAGAGGGGAACCAGUCAAAGAACGAUAUGAAGAAAUUUGUUUCUUCAGGUACUGACGAACUCCUAAUCCUUCAAGAAGAUCAGCAAGCAAAGACAAGGGAAAAGAUUGCCAUGUUUGGGAAUAUACUCGAGGAAGGAUCAAAAGUUAGUAUUAAUUGCAGAGUCUAUGCAGGAGAUAAACCAUUUAAAUGCAUGGAAUGUGGAAAGGGAUUCAGCAAAAGAGGAGCACUUCAAAAUCAUCAAAGAACACACACAGGGGAGAAACCAUUUCAUUGUACAGAGUGUGGAAAGGGCUUCAGUCAUAGAGCAGAUCGUAAUGUUCAUCAACGUAUCCACACAGGGGAAAAACCAUUUAAAUGCAUGGAAUGUGGAAAGGGCUUCAUUGCUAGUGGAACACUUAGCAAACAUCUGAGAAUCCACACAGGAGAGAAGCCGUAUAAAUGUGAGAAGUGUGGAAGGAGUUUCAGUUACAAAACAGAUUGUAAGAUUCAUCAACGUAUCCACACAGGGGAAAAACCAUUUAAAUGCCUGGAGUGUGGAAAGUGCUUCAAUCAACGAUGCAAUCUUAAAAAACAUCAAAAAAUCCACACAGGGGAGAAACCAUUUAAAUGCAUGGGGUGUGGAAAGUGCUUCAGUCAACAGGACACACUUAAAAAACAUCAAAGAAUGCACACAGAGGAAAAACCAUUUCAAUGCAUGGAGUGUGGAAAGAGCUUCCGUUGGGAAUCAUACCUAAUGUUACAUCAACGAACUCAUACAGGGGAGAAACCAUUUCAGUGCAUGGAGUGUAGAAAAUGCUUCAGUCAACAGGGAGCACUUAAAAAACAUCAAAGAACCCACACAGGGGAGAAACCAUUUAAAUGCAUGGAAUGUGAAAAGUGCUUCAGUGAACAGGGAGCACUUAAAAAGCAUCAAAGAACUCAUACAGGAGAGAAACCAUACAAAUGUGAGGAGUGUGGAAAGAGUUUUAGUCAGAAAGCACAUCAUACAGUUCAUCAACGUAUCCAUACAGGGGAAAAACCAUUUAAGUGCAUGGAAUGUGGAAAAUGCUUCUUGGAUAAUGGAAUACUUACUAUACAUCGAAGAAUCCACACAGGAGAGAAGCCAUAUAAAUGCAUGGAAUGUGGAAAGAGGUUUUGUCAGAGUGGACACCUUACUUCUCAUCAAAGAACUCACAUAGGAGAGAAACCAUAUAAAUGUGAGGACUGUGGAAAGAGAUUUAGUGUGAAUGAAGAAUUUACUUCACAUCAAAGAAUCCACAGAGGAGAGAAACCAUAUCAAUGUGAGGAGUGUGGAAAGAGUUUCAUUCACAAAACACAUCAUAACAUUCACCAACGUGUCCACACAGGAGAAAAGCCAUAUAAAUGCAUGGAGUGUGGAAAGAGCUUCAGUCACAAAGCUGGUUGUAAAGUUCAUCAACAUAUCCACACAGGGGAAAAACCAUUUAAGUGCAUGGAGUGUGGAAAGAGCUUUUUUGAUAGUGGAACACUUUCUAAACAUCAAAGAAGACACACAGGAGAGAAACCAUAUAAAUGUAUGGAAUGUGGAAAGAGCUUCAGUCAGAGUGGAAACCUUAGUGUACAUCAAAGAACUCACACAGGAGAGAAACCGUAUAAAUGUGAGGACUGUGGAAAGAGUUUUAGUCAGGGAUCAAAGCUUACUUUACAUCACCGAACUCACACAGGGGAGAAACCAUUUCAUUGUAUAGACUGUGGAAAGAGCUUCAGUCAGACAGCCAUUCUUAAGGUUCAUCAACGUGUCCACAUAGGAGAAAAACCAUUUAAAUGCAAGGAGUGUGGAAGGAGUUUCAGUGCUAGUGGAACACUUUGUAAACAUCAAAGAAUCCACACAGGAAAGAAGCUAUAUAAAUGUGAGGAGUGUGGAAAGAGUUUCAGACAAAAUAAAGAUUGUAAGGUUCAUAAACAUAUCCACAUAGGGGGAAAAACAUUUAAGUGCAUGGAGUGUGGAAAGAGCUUCUUUGGUAGUGGAAGACUUUCUAACCAUCAAAGAGUACACACAGGAAAGAAGCCAUAUAGUUGUAUGGAAUGUGGAAAAAGCUUCAGUCAGAGUGGACACCUAAGUUCUCAUCAAAGAACACACACAGGGGAGAAACCAUAUAAAUGCAUGGAAUGUGGAAAGAGUUUCAGUCAGGGUUCUGGGCUUACUUUACAUCACCGAACUCACACAGGGGAGAAACCAUUUCAUUGUAUAGAGUGUGGAAAGAAUUUCAGUCACAAAGCAGGUCAUAAGGUUCAUCAACGUAUCCACACAGGGGAGAAGCCCUAUAAGUGCAUGGAGUGUGGAAAGAGCUUCAGUCAAGGUUCAAACCUUACUUCACAUCAGCGAACUCACACAGGAGAGAAGCCAUAUAAAUGCCUGGACUGUGGAAAGAACUUCAGCCAGAGCACAUACCUUAGUUUACAUCGAAGAAUCCACACGGGGGAGAAACCGUACAAAUGCUUGGUAUGUGGAAAGAGCUUCCAUCGGAGCUUCAUCCUGACUGCCCAUCAGAGAGUCCACAAAGGAGAGAAACCCUAUCACUGCUCAGACUGUGGGAAGAGCUUUUACGAUAGAUCCCAUCUCAAUACCCACAAAAGAAUCCAUACAGGAGAGAAACCAUAUAAAUGCCUGGAAUGUGGAAAGAACUUCAGUCACAAGGUGAACCUUACCUCCCAUCAAAGAAUUCACACAGGAGAGAAGCCCUAUAACUGCACCGGUUGUGGGAAGAGUUUUUGUGACAAACAGAAUCUUAUUCGACACCAAAGAAUCCACACAGGAGAGAAACCAUAUAAAUGCCAGGAGUGUGGACAGAACUUCAGGCAGCGUGCAACCCUCACUUCACAUCAAAGAGUGCACACAGGGGAGAGACCAUACCAAUGCUUGGAAUGCGGAAAGAGCUUUUACAGAAAAACAGAACUAAACAGACAUCAUAGAAUUCACAGAAGGGUAGAAAGACCUGUCAUGUCUUGGCGUGUUGAAAUGGCUUCAGAUGGUGUAUCGAUCGUACAUCCUACCAGAGAACUUGUGCAGGAAAAACAGCGUAUAACUUCUGAGAUUAAGCAAGAACGCUAUUGCUAAAAUUACCCCUUAUUAGAAAAUUUGCGUGAGAGAGACGCUUCCCCCUUCCUCAAAUUAAUACAGGCAUACCCCGCUUAACGUCGCUUCACUUAAUGUCGCCUUGCUCCAUAUGCCUGUAUUUCUCCAGAAACGCAGCGCAGCAGCAGAGGCUUUAGCGUGUGGGGAUGGAAAUAGACGCGAUUGCGCCAGCGCAAAUCAGCUGGGAGGCGUGAUCGUGAUCAGCUGGGAGGCGCGCCAGCGCAGCAGCAGAGGCUUUAGCGUGGGGCUUUGAGGCUCCGCAUGAAGGAGAGGUAGAAAAAGUUUUAAAAGGUAGUGCUUCACUUUAAGGACAUUUUCGGUUUACGUACUCGCUCUGGUCCCGUUGAGUACGUUAAUGCGAGGUAUUACUGUGUUUGGGAAUGUGGAAAGAGCCUCAGCCAGAGCAAAAUAUACCAUGUUCAGUGUAUACCAAGAUCUCAUAUAAGAAAGCAAACUUCAUUGCAGUUCUCAUCAAAGGCUGAUAGGCCACUUCAGUCACAAACGAAAGUGUUGACCCUUGUUUCUUUACCUGGGAUGUGUACUUUCUUGUAGCAUAUAAUGUGCACUUUGAACCUUAUGGAAGU